UUUGCAUGGAUAGUAGUAGCAUGUUGAGGGACUAUAGGAAAGGGAAUUGGACAAUUCAAGAAACAAUGGUACUUAUAGAAGCAAAGAAAAUGGAUGAUGAAAGGAGAAUGAAAAGGCAAGGAGGGGAUGGUAAUAGUAGUAGUGAAAGAGGAAAUAUUAAUAAACCAGGAGAAUUAAGAUGGAAAUGGGUGGAAGAUUAUUGUUGGAGACAUGGAUGUUUGAGGAGUCAAAAUCAAUGUAAUGACAAGUGGGAUAAUCUCAUGAGGGAUUUCAAGAAAGUUAGGGAAUAUGAAAGAAGAGUGUCUGAGAAAUUAUUAUUAGCUCAAGGGGAUGAUGACAAUAUUAUAAAGUCUUAUUGGAAGAUUGAAAGGAUUGAAAGGAAAGAAAAGAACUUGCCAACUAAUAUGUUGCCUGAAAUUUAUGAAGCAUUGGUUCAAGUUGUUGAUAAAAGGGGUCAAAAAGUGCUUGUUGGUACUUCUUUCAAUCCAAGCACAACUUCUAUGUCUCCCACAUUGCAACAACUUCAAAUUGCAACUUUGCCACUCCCACCACCACCACCACAACUAUUACCACCACCACCACUUGGACAACUACCACCUAAUAUUCCUUACACUCAACCUUUACCUACAAUGUGUGAUAGCUCAGAUCGCGAUAAAAGUGAACAUUCAGAUUCACCAGCAAAGAGGAGAAGAAAAGGCGAAGGAGGAGGAGGAGAAGCGAGUGGGACUAGUGGUGAUCAUCAUAACAUAAACAACUUGCAAGAAGUUGGUAGUGCAAUCUUCAAAAGUGCUACGAUUAUAGCCAAGACGAUUAAAGCAUCUGAAGAGGGAGAAGAGAGAAGACACAGAGAAAUGUUGAAUUUGCAUGAAAGAAGACUGCAAAUUGAGGAAUCAAAAGCUGAGAUUAAUAGACAAGGCAUCAAUGGAAUUGUUGAUUCUAUCAAUAGACUUGCAAAUUCAAUCCUUUCUUUAGCUUCUAACAACCAACCACCUCCACCUAACUAGAAUUAUUCUACUACUAAAAC